AUGACUCUGAUCGAUGCCCAGGUGCAUUUCUUGGAAGAGCGGCUGGUGGUCGUUCACAUUCCUUUGGAUCUCUACCCAUACUUUUUCAAGGCGGUUCUGAGACUCAUCUUUGACGAAAUAUAUUCCCUCGAGGAUCAUGAAAAGGCAGACGACCCGGGCAUUUUCGAAGAAGACAUCGAAAAUACCUCGGAGCGGGGAUUCGACUACAAGCAACCCGCCUUCCUGAACGUGUCCAUCACUCCGGUGGAAGUCUCGGUGAUAUGUCCCCGAAGGCUCAUCCAGAAGUACUUCCAGCCCUUGUUGGACCAGCUCGAUCAACUCAACAGCUCCUUACGCUCCCGCCUGGAUGUCAGCGAUAACGACUACAUCGCCAUGCAAGUCCUCGGACAGGGCCUGGAAGCCGGCAAGCGCGUACUGGAACUCACCAGUCCGCUAGCCAUGGCGGGCAUCUCCAUCUUCUUCAUCUCGACCUACUUUUCCGACUACAUCAUUGUGCCUCUCCGCAGCAAAGAUAGCGUAAUCUCCGCGCUGGAGAGUAGAGGUUUCCAAUUCGAAAACGCAACCGCGGCCUUUGUCAAUCCGCUCGCUAGCCCUACUUCUCCAUCCUCAGAAAGACGUACCAGCGAUCACUUCUCGCCAGCCACCCCGCCAUCAUCCGUGGCCGAGUUGCAGACGCGGACGUUCGAGAACCUCCGCAAUCACCAAAUUGUCCCUUGCGUAGACGACACUCUCCAUCUCGUCCAGUGCGCUGCUCACCACCAGUACAACCGCGAAGAAAGCUCCAUGUCCAUCCUACGCGAUGCACUCACCACCGUCCUCUUGGUUGACGACCCGCGUUUCCUCUCUUUGACCCUAGCAGCGCUAGACCCAGCAGCCUCUCUCCUGUUAGAAAAGCGCCUCCUACCACGCUUCGCCCGCCCAACUAGCUCACCCCAGGACUACGAAGACGGAUCGGGGCUACUACUCGGGUCCAAAGAAGAAUACCUCAUCCCCAUCAUGCUCGACCUGCGCGACCUUCCCCUCGAAGCAUCGGGUAUCGUCUGCGGCGUAGCAGGCCGCCUCGCCGAAGCAGCCGGUAGUCCUGCACCUGAAAACAGCGGCGAUGUUAGUAUUGUCGGCAGCAACGAUAGCAGCGUGAUUGGCUCUGUGCCCGCGCUAUUCGAUACGUUUGGCUCGCGACUUGGGCUCGGCGGUCACAGGAAGACAAAAUCUCAUCAGCUGUCGCUGACCACUCAUCAUCUUAAGCCGGAUGUGGAUGCGGGUGCGGAUGCAGUCGAGAUUAGCUUCUUGAGUACGGCGCGUGCGGGGACGAUCAUUGUUGGUGAAGAUGAGCUGAAGAGGGCGAUUGAUGCCCUGGAGGCGGAGAGGGCACAGGACGUGUAUGUUACCGAGGAAGUACCUCUUGGUAUUCAGGGACUUGGGAUGACUCCUUAG